UAGUUCGUGCUACCGGGCGAGAACGAGCGAGCUAUCGUUUUCAAUUGGAUCGGAUGUCAUUUUAAACUAAACAUUCCUUCCUAGUGUACAGGCAGGCUACAGUGGAUAGAACUACAAUAAAUUACACACCGUAGAGUGAACGAGUUUUAACGGUCACUAGUUGAAGGCGAAGAUAAGCAACACAAAUCCGGCACUUUUAAUAAGACGGUAUCAAUUCGUCGCCGUUGCUCGCAAAACUGAUCAUAGUUUACUUAUUUUCAACAGUCAAUACGUAGUUAAGAUGUCGAUGUUGUCGAAACCUAUUUAUGGGUUACUGGGAUCGUACUUUGAACAACUAUUUAAUCACCCUGUGAGAACCAAGGCAAUUACUAGCUGUGUCAUUGCAACUUCGGCCAACUUGUGCUCACAGAAAAUUGCCGGCACGAAGAAAAUCAACACCGACAGUUUAGUGGCCUAUGGAUUGUUUGGGCUGAUAUUCAGCGGACCUUUGUCUCAUUUUUUCUAUCUAUGGCUGGAUCGGAUCACCGAAGAUCGCCGUUUCAAGCAGAUGUUGAUGCUGCUGGGUGAACGAGCAUUUUUCGCACCAGCACUAAGUGCCCUCUCGUUGUAUUUCAUCACACGGUUCGAAGGAAAGACCCACGAGGAAGGUGUUAAGAAUUUGAACGAUUUGUACAGGAUUAUAGUGCUGAAUAACUGGAAGUACCUUACGCUACCGGUCUUGAUCAACUUUAGAUUUGUGCCACCAAUGCUUCGAGUUCUAGUUGCAAAUUUCAUCGGUUUCUGUUGGAUAAUAUUCUUGUCAGCUAAACGCCGGAAGGUAGAACAACGCAGACGUCAAGCAGAAGAGAAAAAAGUUCUUGAGUGAAGAAAACGUACUGAACUUCUGUUGAUAAAGACGAACAAGCAGCACUGGAGCGAGGCAAAAUUUGCCAACAUAGCAAAAAAAAAAUACUUUAACGGACAAGGUGUGGAAUCGUAAUAAGUAAGCAUGAAAACCUGUAAGUAAACGGCAUAUGCGUAAAUGAUGAAAUCGCUAAACUAAUGGUUUAUAAACACAUAAAUAUAGGCAUAGAAUGUUCUGCAUUUAGUAUACUUAUAUCCGUACGGUGAACUGUUGUUGAAUGUAUUAGGUACGGAAAAAUUUAGAUCAUGUAUCAUUUGGGGGAAAUAUAGAUUUUUAAAAAAA